AUGUCGAUCAUCAGAGAUCAAGCGGCCACCGCGCUGGAUCAAUACAUCAAAGAAGUCAGGAAUCGGAGCUAUGCUGAAGACCAACGAAAGCGCGCUGCGCGACAGGUCCGGGACCUGGUUAAUAUCGCCAAGCAAGAGCAAUUCCAACGGUUUUUUGACACCGUUAAUCAAAGGACCAUGGCCUUGAUCCAAGGCACCGAUACGUAUGAUAAGAUGGGGGGCGUCUACAUCCUCGACGCCUUGGUGGACUUCGAGGGCAUCGAGCCCGCAUUGAAAUACAGUCGCUUUCAGCAAUACAUCGGAACUAUAUUGCGCGGGAAGGAUCUCAAUCCCAUGCAACCUGCCGCUGUAGUUCUGGGCAAGAUGUGCAAACCGGGCGGUUCUCUGAUAUCCGAGCUUGUUGACGCCGAGAUGCACACUGCGCUUGAGUGGCUACAAUCGGAUCGCGUGGAGGAGAGGAGAUACAGUGCCGUCUUAGUCCUCCGUGAGCUGGCGAGGAAUGCGCCUACCCUGAUGUAUCCAUACGUCGGCUUCGUCUUCGAUCAAAUCUGGAUCGGCCUGCGGGAUCCUCGCCACUUGAUCCGGGCCACCUCGAGCGAAACCGUCAGCGCCUGCUUCAAAAUAAUCCGGGAGCGUGACCAGGAGAUGAAGCAGGAGUGGAUGGAUAAAAUGUUCACGGAAGCGGUCAAGGGCCUCAAGACCAACACCGUGGAAUACAUCCACGCCUCUCUCCUCGUUCUCAAGGAGCUUCUUGAGCAGGGGGGCAUGUACAUGCAGAACCACUACCAAAACGCCUGCGAGAUCGUUUUCCGCCACAAGGAUGCGCGCGACUCCGCAAUUCGCAAGACGGUCGUCUUUCUUAUUCCAGAUUUAGCCAACUACGCCCCCACCGAGUUCGGCGCGACCUACUUGCACAAGUUCAUGGUUUACCUCUCUAGUAUGCUCAAGAAGGAGAAGGAGCGGAACGAUGCGUUCCUGGCCAUUGGUAACAUUGCGAACUCUGUCAAGAGCUCCAUUGCGCCUUAUCUAGAUGGCGUCCUGAUCUAUGUCCGCGAAGGGCUCAGUGUGCAGUCCCGCAAGCGAGGCUCUGUCGACCCUGUAUUCGAUUGCAUCAGCCGGCUCGCAGUAGCGGUGGGCCAAACGCUGAGCAAGUACAUGGAGGCGUUGCUCGACCCCAUCUUCGCCUGUGAGCUCACGCCGAAGCUGACUCAGGCGCUGGUCGACAUGGCUUUCUACAUCCCUCCUGUCAAGGGUACCAUACAAGAGCGCUUGCUCAACAUGCUGAGCAAAGUCCUCUGUGGCGAACCCUUCCGGCCGUUGGGGGCACCUCAUCCGAAUCCUCUCUCCUCCAUUCCGCCCAUCCCCAAAGAUCCCAAGGACCCGUCGGUACACGAGCGAGGAAAGGCCGAGGUGAAGCUUGCCUUGAACACACUCGGCAGUUUUGAUUUUUCAGGCCACGUCUUGAACGAAUUUGUCCGCGAUGUUGCUAUCAAAUAUGUGGAAGAUGACGACCCGGAAAUCCGCGAGGCCGCCGCGCUAACCUGCUGCCAACUAUAUGUGCGCGAUCCUAUCGUUAACCAAACCAGCUACCACGCUUUACAGGUCGUCGCCGACGUCGUUGAAAAACUGUUGACCGUGGGCGUCUCAGAUCCUGAGCCCAAAAUCCGUCGGACGGUUCUUGCCGCCCUCGACGAACGGUUCGAUCAGCAUCUCGCCAAGGCUGAGAACAUCCGUACGCUAUUUUUUGCUCUUCAUGAUGAGCAAUUCGCGGUGAGGGAGGUUGCCGUGUCAAUCAUCGGUCGGCUGGCUCGCCACAACCCAGCAUAUGUCAUCCCCCAACUGCGCAAGACCAUCAUCCAAAUGUUGACCGAGCUGGAAUACACUGAUGUGGCGAGAAGUAAGGAGGAAAGCUCAAAGCUCCUCAGCCUGUUAACUCAGCAUGCUCAAGACCUAGUCAAGCCCUACGUCAGCUCCAUCACCGAAGUCCUUUUGCCAAAGGCUUCUGACCCGACCCCGUCUGUCGCGGCCACCAUUCUCCAGGCGAUUGGCGAGCUCUGCACGGUUGGGGGUGCGGAGAUGCUCGCUUACAAGGAUACGCUCAUGCCCAUUAUCAUUGACGCCUUGCAGGAUCAGAGCGCACCCAUCAAACGAGAGGCAGCUCUUCACACCCUCGGGCAACUCGCCAGUAAUGCCGGCUACGUCAUCAAGCCCUACCUCGAAUAUCCACAGCUUCUUGAGAUCCUGCAAUCGAUCAUACGGGGCGAACCCCAACAUGGCCCGUUACGGCAGGAGACCAUCAAGCUCAUGGGGAUUCUGGGCGCGCUAGAUCCUUAUAAACAUCAGCAGGUCGAAGAGCGAACGCCGCAAACCCAACGCCGCCCCGAGGCUACCCAGUUAACCGACGUGUCUCUCAUGAUGGGGGGGCUUACCCCAUCGCAAGAAGACUACUACCCCACUGUCGUUAUCAAUGCUCUGCUACAGAUUUUGAAGGACCAAUCUCUGCUGCAAUGGCACGGCAAUGUGGUCGAUGCUAUCAUGAGUAUCUUCAUCACACUGGGACUCAAGUGCGUCCAAUUCCUAGACCGGGUGGUUCCCGCCUUCAUUGCCGUCAUCAGAGCCUCGAGCCCUACAAGACUCGACUACUACUUCAAUCACUUGAGCCGACUCGUUGGCAUUGUGCGCCAGCAUAUCCGUGUCUACCUCCCGGACAUCAUCGAGGUACUGCAGGAGUUCUGGAACACAACGUCCUCGCUGCAGACGACCAUCAUGGCGCUCAUUGAGUCAAUCUCUCGGUCGCUGGAGGGGGAGUUCAAAAUCUACCUUGCCCAGUUUGCUCCCAUUGGUGCUCGGGGUGCUAGAAAGGGACACAAGUACAAAGCCCAGGAGCCCAGCCUCCGGGUAGCCGCCCUUGACACCCUUUGUGCGCUCAUGCUACAACUUGGGCGUGACUACCUGCAUUUUGAGCACACUGUCGAAAAGACCAUCACCAUGUACGGUAUCCAACAUUCCAACUACGACAAAGCGGUAGAGAAGCUCAGGAAGGGCGAGGCACUUCCUCAGAACCUUGCCCCCCGGUUCGAGGAUAACUCUGUGGAGCCUUACACAUCCGAGAACAACCCGCCAAAGAAGCUUGAUCUAAACCCUGUGCAUUUAAAGCAGGCAUGGGAGACGAAGGGGAAAGCCACCAAGGACGACUGGCACGAAUGGUUCCGCAAGUUUAGCACAACGCUGCUUUCAGAGUCGCCGAAUCACUCCCUCCGAGCCUGUGCCAGCCUGGCGAGCAACUACCAACCCCUCGCCCGAGAGCUCUUCAACUCCGCCUUUGUCUCUUGCUGGAGUGAACUCUACGACUCCUACCAGGAGGAACUCAUCACAAACAUCGAAAACACAAUAAAAUCUGAGAAUGUGCCGCCUGACCUUCUCGGCCAGCUCCUUAAUCUAGCAGAGUUUAUGGAGCACGAUGACAAGGCACUUCCCAUUGAUAUCCGUAUCUUGGGACGCGAGGCGGCAAGAUGUCACGCCUACGCCAAAGCGCUUCACUACAAGGAGCUUGAAUUUCUGCAAGACCACAACAGUCACGCGGUAGAGGCCCUCAUCGUGAUCAACAAUCAGCUACAACAGUCCGAUGCCGCCAUUGGCAUUUUGCGUAAAGUCAAAGCUUACAAGGACGGGAUCCAACUCCGAGAGAGCUGGUUCGAGAAGCUAGAGCGCUGGGACGAGGCACUCAACUUCUACUGCCAGAGAGAGCGGGAGCUCCCAGAGGACCAACCCACGCCCGUCGACAUUGUCAUGGGCAAAAUGCGCUGUUAUCACGCAUUGGGCGAAUGGGACUCACUUGCCUCGCUAGCUGGCAAGACGUGGGCCAACUCGGGCCCGGAAAUUCAGCGAAGGAUUGCGCCAUUGGCGACAACAGCCGCUUGGGGUCUUGGAAAAUGGGACUCGAUGGACACCUAUUUGCAAUCGAUGAAGCGCUUCUCGCCUGACCGCGCCUUCUUUGGGGCUAUUCUUGCCCUGCAUCGGAACCAAUUUCGGGAGGCACUGGGCUGCAUCGAGCAGGCUCGCGAGGGUCUUGACACGGAGCUUAGCGCGCUCGUCAGUGAAUCGUACAAUCGCGCCUAUCAGGUUGUCGUGAGGGUUCAGAUGCUUGCUGAGCUGGAAGAGCUCAUAGUCUACAAGCAGUGUGGGCCCGAGAAGCGCGCCACUCUGCGGGCGACUUGGGAAACUCGUCUCAAGGGCUGCCAACGCAACGUCGAAGUUUGGCAACGAACGCUUCGGCUGAGGUCUCUGGUUCUCACCCCGCAGGAGAAUAUGCACAUGUGGACUAAGUUCGCCAACCUGUGCCGGAAAUCAGGGCGGAUGGGCCUCGCCGAGAAAUCCCUUAAGCAGCUCAUCGACACUGAUGCUCCGCUAGAAUCCGUCAUUCCUUAUUGGUUCGAACAGCCAACUAGCCCGGGCCUGGAACGCAUCGCGUCUCCGAUCGUAUAUGCAGUACUCAAAUUCCAAUGGGAGAUCGGCCAGCAACCAGGUGUCCGGAGCUCAGACCGUGGCAUCGCCGAGCGCACCCUGUAUUGCCUGCACAGGUUCACCGAAGAAACCGCCCAUCGCGUCGAGAGCGCAAGGCUACAGUUAAAUGCCUCUGCCCAAGCCACAAAUUCCAUGGGCGACGGCCUGAACCACACAAGCGUUGAUACCUGGCUGGAGGUCAUUCCGCAGCUCAUUGCCCGCAUCAACCAACCCAACAGGCGGGUCCAGGCGUCGAUUCACGCUCUACUGUCUGAUGUUGGGCGCGCGCACCCACAAGCCCUAGUAUACCCGCUUACGGUCGCAAUGAAGUCGAGGCAAAGCACGCGGCGAUCCAAAACGGCCAGCUCGAUAAUGGAGAGUAUGCGUCAACACAGUCCCAAGCUCGUAGAGCAGGCCGACAUCGUAAGCCGCGAGCUUAUCAGGGUCGCGGUUUUAUGGCACGAACUCUGGCACGAAGGGCUUGAGGAGGCUUCCCGUCUGUAUUUCGGCGACCACAAUAUUCCAGGCAUGUUCGACGUUCUGGAGCCUCUCCAUGACUUGCUCGAGAAAGGGCCAACGACCCUCAGGGAGAUCUCGUUCACGCAGACAUUCGGUAGGGACCUCAGCGAGGCGCGUGAAUGGUGCCGCCAAUACCGUCAUUCUCAAGACGUGAAUGACAUCAGUCAAGCCUGGGAUCUCUACUAUCAAGUUUUCCGCCGUAUUAGCCGACAGCUCCCGCAGAUGACAAGCCUCGAGCUAACGUACUGUUCGCCGGACCUGCUCCAAGCUCGGGAUCUCGAGAUUGCAGUACCCGGGACGUACCGCAGCGGUCAAGAUAUUGUCAAAAUCAUGGGAUUUGAGGGCACCGUCAGCGUCAUCAGUUCAAAGCAGCGGCCAAGAAAGCUUGCCAUAAUCGGGGGCGACGGAAAAACUUACUCGUUCUUACUCAAGGGUCACGAAGAUAUCCGGCAGGAUGAACGCGUCAUGCAGCUUUUUGGCCUUUGCAACACGCUCCUAGCUAACGAUUCCGAGUCCUAUAAGCGGCAUCUCAACAUCCAACGCUACCCAGCGAUCCCCUUGUCGCAGAACUCUGGUCUCCUUGGCUGGGUGCCGAACAGCGAUACCGUCCACCAACUCAUCCGAGAAUACCGGGAAUCCAGAAAGAUUCUCCUCAAUAUCGAGCACCGGAUCAUGCUACAAAUGGCACCAGACUACGAUAAUUUGACGCUUAUGCAGAAGGUCGAAGUGUUUGGAUAUGCGUUAGACAACACCACAGGCCAAGACCUGUACCGCGUUCUCUGGCUCAAGAGCAAAAGCUCCGAGGCCUGGUUGGACAGAAGGACCAAUUAUACGCGUUCCCUCGGCGUGAUGUCGAUGGUUGGAUACAUUCUGGGUCUGGGAGACAGACACCCUAGUAAUCUGAUGCUCGACCGGAUCACGGGAAAGAUCAUCCACAUCGACUUUGGCGACUGUUUUGAGGUGGCAAUGAAACGGGAGAAGUACCCGGAGCGAGUGCCCUUCAGACUAACCCGCAUGCUCACUUAUGCCAUGGAAGUUAGCAACAUCGAGGGCAGUUUCCGCACAACGUGCGAGCAUGUUAUGAGGGUCUUGCGAGACAACAAGGAGAGCGUGAUGGCUGUCUUGGAAGCUUUUAUCCACGAUCCGCUACUCACAUGGCGCCUCACAAACCCGGCCAGCCCGCCUGGGCCUCACUUCAACUCUGAACGGGAACAAGCUAUUGCUGGGCCUCAAGCUGGGCGCGCGCGCCGGCCCUCGGUCCUCGACGGCCCCGUGGCCCCUACCGAAUUCUUGGCCGCUCAAACCACCGCAGGGCCGGAUGGUAUGAUGGGUGCUCCCCCGGGUGCCCGUGGUCGCGCGCGUACCAAUUCUUCGGUGGUUGCGCCAAGCAGCAUGGCAAACGGCAAUGGCCCUAAUGAGAUGGCCGAGGUACAGAACGCACGAGCAGUCGAAGUACUCGAUCGCGUCGCGCAAAAGCUUACCGGUCGGGACUUCAAACCGGACGACGAACUCACGGUGAACGAGCAAGUCAACAAGCUGAUCAUCGAGGCCACCAAACUCGAAAAUCUCUGCCAACAUUACAUUGGGUGGUGCAGUUUCUGGUGA